AUCGACGGCUCCGACUUGUGUAGUGUUCUGUUGGGUAAAGUGUGUUGCGCUAGUAAUAAGACGCCGCAGACAAUUCGACGCAUUUCACUUUCCGAUCGCGCGAGGACGGCGCGCCGCGGUGCCGUGCCGGUUCCGUCGCCGGCCAAGUCGUCGGGGCCGCAGCAGCAGCCGGCACCGGUGCCGCCGUGCCGGCCGUACCGGCAGGUGCGGGCGGCGACGCACCACAGCCUCGCGGUCUCCUGCGUGCGGUUCUCCCCCUGCGGCCGCCUCCUCGCGACGGCGUCCCUCGACGGGACGGUCGCGCUGCUCUCCCCGUCCUCGCUCACCGUCAUCGCCACCCUGCGCGGUCACGCCGCCGGUGUCUCCGACCUGUCCUGGUCCACGGAAUCGUUCUACCUCUGCUCCGCCUCCGACGACCGCACCCUAUGCAUCUGGGACAUCCGGCCCAUCCUCGCCGGCGCCAACCCCGGCGGGCAGCCCGCCGGCGCCGACCGCUGCGUCCGCGUGCUCAAGGGGCACACCAACUUUGUCUUCAGCGCCAACUUUAACCCGCAGACCAGCUCGCAGGUCGCCUCCGGGGGGUUCGACUGCACCGUGCGCAACUGGGACGUCAAGAGCGACCGCUGCACCCGCGCAAUCGACGCGCAUUCCGAGCCCGUUACCUCCGUCCACUUCAUCGGGGACGGCUCCAUCAUUGUGUCCGGAAGCCAUGACGGGAGCUGCAAGAUUUGGGACGCGAAGACUGGGGCUUGCCUCAAGACGGUCAUCGACGACAAGAAGCCCGCGGUGUCCUUCUCCAUGUUCUCGCCCAAUGGCAAGUUCAUCCUCGUCGCCACGCUGGAUGACUCACUGAAACUAUGCAAUUUCGCUACUGGCAAGUUCUUGAAGGUGUACAGUGGACAUGUGAACAGAGUAUAUUGCAUCCAGUCUGUGUUUUCCGUUACGAACAGGAAGUACAUUGUUAGUAGAUCAGAAGAAAAUUGUGUGUACAUAUGGGACCUCCAAGGGAGAAAUAUUGUUCAGAAACUGGAAGGCCAUACUGACACUGUCAUCUCGGUAUCAUGCCAUCCGACAGAUAACAAAAUUGCCUCCGGCGGCCUUGAUAAUGAUAGGACUGUGAGACUAUGGGUUCAAGAUAGUUGAUGAACUUGCAGAGAAAAUGUAUCGAUAAAUAGGACGUAUGAACUUAGCUCAACCUCAAGAGUAAUUGGCAUCUCAGAGAGAAAUAUGUCUCUGCCACCCAUGGAUCACUCUUGCAGAUGCUUUACCGGGGGGCAAAAGAACAUUAAUUGAACCUUGCAGUGCUUUGUUUUAAUCUAAUCUGUUAUCCUAAGUUGUGAGCUUGGAGAAAACAAAAAAUCUCCUGAUGUUGUGAUAUGUGUAUGCGAUGCCCAGUGGCUAUUGUUAAGUCAA